UGAUGUGGGAUCAGUUUAGUAAUCUGUUCCUCAGCACGUGGAGCCGUGGAUCCUUCGCUGUGCUGCUCUCAGAUCAGUACCCCUCUCCCCUACACUUAUUCCCUCCCCACGCGCGCUCUGAUCCGACAGCAGCUCCACUCCGCAGCCUUUUCCUUCCACUUCCACUCCACUUCAGAGACGCCAACCAGGCUGGCUGUUCCCACGCCUCUGCACCCUUAGAACAAGCAAUCUGUACGGGAAUAAACACGGAUUAAAUCACUGUUUUGGGGAUUAUGCUUUUUCCAAAUUGGACUACAGAUGCGGGAAUUUAAUCAGAAGGAGCCUCGACUUUUUCCAGUAAAGUAACCGUGCAGCAGAAGUGGACGUAAACUUUUUUGGACUGGGCUCGGUUUUAUAAUGUCAGGGCUUCUGAGUGUGUUAUGAGUGGCUUUUAUGAUUUUUUUUUCAUUUCUUAUGAGAGCUGUGUUUUAUAUGGACGGUUUUCCAAGUGAAAAAGAGAGAGAGACUUCCACAUCUCAGGAAUUCGACGCCAGGAACUGAAGGGUCCGUGAACGCCGCAGGUAGCUAGCUAACUUGCUCGAGACUUUUAGGAUUGUUUCAAUAUCUCCUGAUAGAGGUGAGAAACAUAAUAGGCCUAAUUGUACUCAAAUUAAGGCUCUGGGCUGUUCGGCACACAGCUAACGUGAGCUAAAUGCUCUGUGUGAGCUUUUCCAGGGUCGCAUUUUGUUUAAACCAACUCGGGUCUAGUUCAGCCUCCACCAUUAGCCUCCGCGGCUAACGUCCCAACAUGCCGCAGCUGGGCAGAGACGGAGACGACCUGGGGGCUAACGAUGAGUUGAUCGCCUUCAAAGACGAGGGGGAACAGGAGGAGAAACCCAAUGUGUCCUCGGAACGGGACUUGGAUGAUGUCAAGUCGUCCCUAGUCAACGAGUCGGAGACCACCAACAGCUCUGACUCGGAGGCAGACAGGCGCCCCAAGCCGCAUCCAGAUGUUGAGAGCAGGGCCAGGCACGGCCAGCUGUUUCAGGAAGGGCCCCGGAAGCAGCAUGACACGGGCCUCUUCCAGCCUUCUCCGUAUGUUGGCUAUCCCUUCUUUAUGAUCUCGGACCUUGGGAACCUCUGCAGCCCCUACCUCACUAAUGGAGCUCUGGCCCCAACCGGCCGGACGUACCUGCCUUUUCAGUGGCCUCUCCUCGACAUCCCAGGAAGAGCAGCUAUCAGAGAUUCUGCUGCUCCCACACACCUGUCCAACAGCGUCCCUGUGGUGCAGCAUCCCCACAUGACCCACCUCCGCCCCCUGCUGUCCUACAGUCCAGAGGCCUUCUCCCCUCAGAGGGCGUCUCCUGGCUUCUCUCCUGAGCCUGCAGGAAUGUCGAGGAGCCCUCACACUGCCUGUUAUCCUAUGUCUCCUGGAGGAAUGACUCCCAUCCCACACCCACUGGGCUGGCUAAUGCUUCCUUGCAGUCUGGUGUCAAGUGGCUUCUCACCACGUUUGGUUCCGCCCCCCCAGACGUCGGUUCCCCACCCGGCCAUCGUUCCUGCAUCAGUGAAGCAGGAGCCUGGAGCCAGUCACAGCCAGCAGCCUGGGAAGCCCCCCUCCACCUCCGAGCACGACCAGGAAGAGGAGCGGAAGCCCCACAUCAAGAAGCCGCUCAACGCCUUCAUGCUCUACAUGAGGGAGGAGAGGCCCAAAGUUGUGGCUCAGUGCAAAGUGAAGGAGAGCGCCACCAUUAACCAGAUCCUGGGCCAGCGGUGGCAUUCGCUGUCAAAAGAGGAACAAGCCAAAUAUUAUGAUCUGGCUCGCAAAGAGAGACUGCUGCACUCAAAGCUCUACCCCAACUGGUCAGCCAGAGACAACUAUGGGAAGAAGAAGAAGAGGAAGAGGGUGAAGAGUGAAACUCAGCUGGAAGUUGCUGCAGCAGCAGACGACUUCCCUCCACAGCUAAAGAAACCUCGAGAGGAGACGCCACACACACACACUCCGCUCUCACAAGCUUCACACACACGCCCUCACCUGACGCAUACACACACAGUGUCUCAUCUGACACACACCCAGCUUUCCCAGGCCAGUCCUGCCUCAUCCCUGGACUCCCCGGCGACCCCCACCACGGCGCUGGCCUCGCCCGCCGGCCCGGCUGCCACACACACCGAGCACACACACUCCUCCUACAGCCACAGCGGACACUGCUCCCCCUACGGCGAGCAGCUACAGCCGCUCUCCCUCACCACCAAGCCCCCCCGCAUCACCCACUCUGUGGGCCGCAACGCCGUCACCCCAGGGCCCCCCACCCCCUCCUCUACAGACACACCCACCUCCUCCCCCCACACAGCCUCCUCCAGGAGCUCCCCUCAGCCACUGUCUCACCCCUUCUUCCAUCCCCCUCCCACCUCCUCCCACCGAUGAUUCGUCUCCUCUGAACAGCCAAUCAGCUCAGAGGAUCUGAAACAUGAAAUGUGCCUCUUUCUACAUCCUGUAAAUAAGCUUUUUUUUAUUUCAUUUUAUUUUUUUUUAUUUUUUUUUUUUACUUUUUAUAGACUUGUCAUAUUUUAUACCAGUAUGAAAAGGACAUAUUUGGUCAAUAUUUGACUGCAUCUAAAAUCUGUAUUUUUGAUUAUUUUUUUGACUAUUUCACUUUUUCUACUUUCUUACUAGGAGGAAACAGUUUUUAUGUGAAGGUGAGGUUUGGCACAAGAGUUUGUUUCAGAUAAGUUUUUUUUUUCACUUUGUAGUUCUUCAUGUUAAGCUAGUUGAUGGUUCUUCAUGUUAAUAAAUUCACACAAAAUACAAACAUGCUCUCAUUGUUUUGGCAUUUAGCCAAUAAAAAAAUCUCUUCAGUUUGGUAAGCCUGACUGACUAAGAGAGGAAAGAUGGCUUUGUGAGGGUGGAGUCUAUCAAAGCAAAACAGACUGGAUGAACAACCAUUGAGAUAUUAAAGUAACGAUGAACCUAACACUUUUUGGAUUGAGGAGGAAACUGGAGAACCCAAGAAUCUACUGGUAGAACAUUCUAACUAUGAACCUGAAUCUUAAGUGUUAAACCUAAACUUCUGCUUCUUCUGCCACCAGCUUCAACUGCAGGCCUCUAUAUAGCAUCUGUAAGGAUCUAGUUUCUAUGGAGACAACCUGUUGUCUAUUUCCAGUCUGUUAAUUAAAUCAGGACGUGGUUAAACACGUCAUCCAUUAUAAGGAAUAAAUCAGUCGUAUGAUUCAUUAAAAAUAGGCUUAACAAUUGU